AUGAUGGUAGUGCCUGGAAAUGCCCCGGUCAUACAGCAGGAUCGUGCUCUGGAGCCUGACUUAGGACGAGACUCAACGGAGAACUGUGCCAUGGGCCCUGAGACGGAGCCGGUGUCUGAGGAGGUUGGCCCGGAGCUAGAGGAGGUGCGAAAGCUGCGGGAGCUGGUGAGGAGACUGGAGAUCCAGAAUCAGCACCCAAGAAUGAAGAGUGGCAGGAGCAUGCUUGGGACAAACAUGCAGAGCGAGCUCCAUACUGGUGUGGAUAACCAUGACUCCGGUCUUAACGGGAUGGAGAUUAAUAAUAGCAUCAACGCGAUAACUGAGAAGCAAGAAUUGCAAAUAAUGGCAGAUCUGCACAACCAAUUAAGCAAAAUGAGAAAAGAGGAAGGAGAGAACAACUGCCUGAGAAAAGACAUAGAUGCCCAAAUGCAGUAUAGUUGCAACAGUGCCACUGAGGAAUUGUCUUCCAGCACAUGCGAGGCGGAAACAAAGGCUGAUGAUAACAUUAGAUGUUCUUCACGGGUGGAUACAAGUAAUAGCACAGAGCUUAUGGGAAACUUGGUCAUUGCAGGUAUUGAUUCCUCAGUCAAAAUAAACGAACAAAAUACCAAUGAAAAAUGUGGAGAUCUAGACAGUCUUUCGAAUAACACACAUCUGGAUGAAGUGAAAGUGUUAGAACUUGAAAACUGCAAUGAAGAAGAAGAUAGCUGGCUCUAUGUGUCCCCGAGAAAAUCUACAGAUCCGAAAACAGACUCGCCUUUAAAAUGGUGCCGCCAGGUGUUGGAUAAUCCCAGUCCCGAGACAGAAGCAGCCUGCCGGACUCUGAUAAACAGACUUGAUCAAGCCAGUAGAUGGAAAAACCUGUAUUGCAGUCCGUUGGCCUCACCAAGCGCGCAUAAUUUGAAUACAGAGACAGGCUCCUGUAGCAAUGCACUAAACUCUCCCGGGCAUCUCAAAUCGACUAACAAAGCACUACUAACCUGUGGCAGCUCAGGUUAUUUGAGCAUGCAUUCUGCACUGAGCUCCCAGUCAUCUGUGGACAGUGAGCUGAGUACGUCCGAUGACUCCAUCUCUAUGGGCUAUAAACUGCAGGACUUGACUGAUGUCCAGGUGAUGGCACGCCUUCAGGAAGAAAGCCUCCGUCAGGAUUGUGCCUCGAGCUCUGCCUCGGUAUCGCGCCGCAGUUCCAGUGCCUCCCUUCACUCUCUGCGAAGAGGUACCUACAGUGACCAGGAGUUCGACACCUACAGCCUUGAGGAUGAGGAUGAUUACGAUUGUUCCCUGUCGUACCGUAGCGCUCACAGAUACUCACCGUCCCCGCUCAGUUCCCCCCGGUGUCAGUCCCCUUCUUCCACUGCAGAUUAUGGCAGGUCAUCGACUUCCCGUAUCCGUCCCCCAAGGAGAUCGGUGCAAAGUCCGAUGCAGGACCGGCUCAAGUAUGCAAACAGCGAAGAGGAGAUGCGUCACAGCAUGCCCAACCUGGCCAGGACCAGCCUUCGAGCUUUGGAGUCUGUACGGAGCAGUCGGAGCUUGGAGUCAGAUCUGCAGGUGCCAAGCAGUCGAAUUCCCAGGACUCAGCAGCGGUCAGGAGGUCUGGCUCCCAGUAAGCUCAGGUAUUCCUCCAGUGCUGGGCAGUCUCCCUUAACGGUGCGACAACCGAUGAAAGCGGGGUCCUGCACAAACUCCCUGUUAACACCCAGGCAGCCCGUCAAAGCCUGCAGUUACACGAGUCCCAUUAGCGGAGUUCGAAAGCCACAGGCAUCUUCACUUAGCACGGGCUCUUCCAGUAGCAGUUGCACUACCAGAAGCAGCAAUAUGGUCACUGUGGCAAAAAAUUCAUCCCUUAAAGCGCGCACGUCUGUUGGAGGAAUCUCGGUGCCCAAGAGCAAGCCGGCACCGCCAUCCAGGAGAUUUCUUCAGUCGGCACAGACGGCUCAGGCCGCUGAGGACGACUCCUGGAAGGACGGGUGUUACUGA